AUGCCCGGCGCGGCCAGGGCUCCGUCGGCUGCCGUCCCGAGCGGGCUGCCGGCCUCCACCUCCUCCUCCUCCUCCUGCUCCAACCCGGGGCUCUCCGGGGGUCUCCUGCCCCCGCAGGAGGCGGCCAAGCUCUACCGCGCCAACUACGUGCGCAACUCGCGGGCCAUCGGGGUGCUGUGGGCCAUCUUCACCAUCUGCUUCGCCAUCGUCAACGUGGUCUGCUUCUUCCAGCCUUACUGGAUCGGCGACGGCGUGGAGACCCCGCAGGCGGGCUACUUCGGCCUCUUCCACUUCUGCACCGGCAGCGGCGUCUCCCGGGAGCUGACCUGCCAGGGCAGCUUCGUCGACUUCGCCAGCCUGCCGUCGGGGGCUUUCAAAGCCGCCUCCUUCUUCAUCGGCCUCUCCAUGGCGCUGGUCGUCGCCUGCAUCCUCUCCUUCAGCCUCUUCUUCUUCUGCAACACGGCCACCGUCUACAAGAUCUGCGCCUGGAUGCAGCUCAGCUCCGGUAAAAGCCCGGGCGCCACGGUGCCGGGGGUGAUAUUCAACAUUCGUCUAAUUUUCCGAGUGACAGAAACAGAGUCCGUCAUGAAACGGUGA